UUUCUCUUUAAUCCUGUCUUAGUAGUAUCUUGAGAUCCUUGAGCAUUUCUUCAUCUUAUAUCUCUUUCGAUUCCAUCUUAUAAUAUAAAGUUAAUACUUUGAUUUCGAUACUCUUGAAUCUUGAUGAGGUUCCAAUAAUGAAAGGGAAAGGCAUAGAAAAAGAGAACAGUCUCUUAUGGCUGGUGAAGGCUCCUUGGCGGUUAUUGAUCAUGGCACGUAACGCCUACAUUCGUAGCAUUACGUCAUGCUCCGGCGUUGGAAUCUUUACCGGCGGUGGAUCCUCUGGUUUUGGUCAAGGUCAACUACCUGGAAACUUUCAAAUCCCCGAAGAACCUAGCACUGCCCUCCCCCGGUGCUUUACCUUGACGUCAACGGCAGAUGAUCAAGGCUGUCUGAGUCUGACGACACAUGGUGGACAACCUAAGAUGGCAACGAGACGAUCGGUCUGGUUGGAUCAUCGGAGGAACUAUAGAUGUGUUGCUAUGAUGCGAAGAAUCGAUGAGGAGAUUCCUUUAGAUGAUGAGUUCCAAGAAGAAGACUCAUUUCUCGAUUUUGGUAUAUACGAGAUUGUUACUUAAAAAAAAAAUAAU